CAUCUGUUGCAAAACGAUACGAAAGAAAGUUUUAUACCUCUUAUCUACUGUCAAUCCUUAAAGCAUUGGAUUAACUCAUCGUCACCUACUUAAGACAUAUGCUGACUCAGAUAGUCCACUUUGACUGAUAUGGUGAGCUUGCCGCGCCUUACUGGCGCUCUUCGAGUGUUCACCAGUGUUUCGGCCAGUGAGGUUCCAGGGUCGAGAGGUAAUGAUGACCUGGCACAGCGGAGGCUGCUGUCAGCAGAGAAAGAAAACAAGGGAGGUCACUCCUGGCAAGAUGUGGUGACUCUACUGGAGAAGCGUGGAGAUGUAGAAACUAAAGAGUCAUCUCCUGUCCUCAAACAACUGAUUGCCUGUGCUAGAUCUAUUGUCGGUAAUGAAGCAUCCUCCGACAUCGUGGAGGGGGCUGCAGCUUACCUGUUUGAAAUUUUCAAGUUUGCGGAGAGUGUUGGUCAGAGAGAGACCACAACACUGAGAAGCAUCUUUGGCCCAUUCCCAGCCACCGCAGCAACCAAAGCAUGUGAGCUGGUCUCACGGAUCGUGUCGUGGUUGCCAGGAGACGUCCUCCUGGAGGACGAUUUCCACGGUCGAGAGGAAGCAGACGGGGCAGCCAUUAUCCAAGAAUUCGGGAAAAAUAUCAAAUUCUUAACUCCAACGUUAGAUCGAGAAGAAGAGUUAUCAAGCUCAGAAUCUGAGGAUGAAGUGGAAGAGAAAAAUGUGGAUUUGAAAUAUAAUGCGAAGCCAGUGUUAGGAAAGAAGGUACCAGAUGGCGGAGCUGCGAGACUGGAGGACAGGUGCGACUCAUCAUGGCUGCUGGAGGAAGUGAGGAAGUACUUCUCCUCCUCUGGGGAAACGGACAUUGGACUUAGUCUAGAGGACCUCUCCACCACCAUCUUCGAGGUUCUUUGUUCCACCAAGACGGACGAGGAGUUACAGAAUGAGCUAUUUGAGCUUCUUGGUUUUGACCGUUUUGAGAUGAUUCAAAGCCUGCUGUCAAACAGGAGUCGCCUGAUGAAGACCCUUGUUGCCGACACUAACAGAGCAGCUAUAGCACAAGUACAGGCCCAGCGAAAGAAAGAAGUGGAAAGACCAACCUAUGGUUGCCAGGUUACAAUACAGUCAGAGGAAGAGAAGCAGCUGAUGAAGCUGAUACGUAGGGAGGAGAAGAAACUGUCCAAGCGGGACGGGAAGAAAGUGGAGGAAGAAGGGAAGAAAGCCUUCAACCCUAUGGAGAUGCGUGCCCAGAGGGAGGCGGCGCUGCAGGUGGCCUCCAACCGUCCGCUGUUCACAGGCAGCAGCAAGUCCUACCAGCGAGAGAGAUACCCAUUUGUGUUUGACUCUAACGAGGAGGCGAGACAGUCGUCAGCAUAUGUUGGAGGGAACAAGAUGGUGCUGCCCCAAGGAUUCAACCGCAAUGACAACAAGGACUAUGAGGAGGUGUCUGUUCCCCCCAAUGAAUCCGCCCCCAUAGAUGUGGGGCAGAGACUUGUACCUGUCAACGAGCUGGAUGAGAUUGGACAGCUGGCAUUCCGGGGAAUGAAGAACUUGAACCGCAUCCAAUCUGUGGUGUUCGAAGCUGCCUUCAAGACCAAUGAAAACCUGCUGAUCUGUGCCCCAACUGGCGCCGGUAAAACCAACAUUGCCAUGUUAACCAUCCUGCAUGAGCUGAAUCUGCACCUGUCUCAGGGCGUCAUCAAGAAAGAUGAGUUCAAGAUUGUGUAUGUCGCUCCAAUGAAAGCUCUGGCAGCAGAGAUGGUGCGAAACUUUGGUGGCCGCCUGGAGCCACUAGGCAUCACAGUACGGGAACUGACAGGGGACAUGUCCCUCACAAAGGCCGAGAUCCUGAAAACACAGAUGCUGGUGACGACCCCAGAAAAGUGGGAUGUGGUGACAAGGAAGAGUACAGGUGAUGUGGCCCUGGCUCAGCUUGUGAAGCUGCUCAUCAUUGACGAGGUUCACCUGCUUCACGACGACCGUGGUCCAGUCAUCGAGAGUCUAGUGGCCAGGACCAUCCGACAGGUGGAGAGUACACAGAGUAUGAUCCGUAUCGUGGGACUGUCGGCAACACUGCCCAACUACAUCGACGUGGCCAGGUUCCUCAAUGUUAACCCCUACCUUGGACUCUUCUUCUUCGAUGGAAGGUUCAGACCUGUGCCCCUCGGCCAGACCUUCAUAGGUGUAAAGGCCACCAACCGAGUGCAGCAGAUGAUGGAGUUCAACAACGUCUGCUAUGAGAAGGUGGUGGCCCAGGUCAAGGCCGGCUACCAGGUGAUGGUGUUCGUCCACGCCCGUAAUGAGACAGUACGGACAGCCAUGAUGUUGCGAGACUACUCCAAGAACAGAGGUCACUCCCAGCUGUUCCUCGCUGACCAGGAUCGUUCAUAUGGCGAGGCUCAGAAGAAUUUGCAGAGGUCACGGAACAAGCAGUUGAAGGAUCUGUUCCCGGACGGCUUCAGCAUGCAUCAUGCCGGGAUGCUGCGCCAGGACCGAAACCUGGUAGAGCGGUACUUCAGUGGUGGCCACAUCAAGGUGUUGGUGUGUACAGCAACCCUGGCCUGGGGUGUCAAUCUGCCUGCCCAUGCUGUCAUCAUCAAGGGCACGCAACUGUACGAUGCGAAGCGAGGCUCCUUCGUGGACCUGGGCAUCCUUGACGUGAUGCAGAUAUUCGGUCGUGCUGGUCGGCCCCAGUUUGACAAGUUUGGUCAUGGCACAAUCAUCACAACCCACGACAAGCUGAGCCACUAUCUCUCCCUGAUGACAAGACAGAAUCCAAUUGAGAGCCAGUUCAUCAACAGCCUCACAGACAAUCUGAAUGCUGAGGUUGCACUCGGUACAGUAACCAACAUGGAGGAGGCCGUCAAGUGGCUCAGCUACACAUACCUGUACGUCCGGAUGAGGAUCAACCCUCUGGCUUACGGCAUCCCCUACGGUGUUGUCCAGGAUGACCCAAGCUUGGAGGUCCACCGGCGCGACCUCAUCACAGAAGCAGGACGCAAGCUGGACAAAGCCAUGAUGGUCAGAUUUGAUGAGAGGACGUCCUACUUCUCCUCCACUGACCUGGGUCGCAUUGCCAGCCAUUUCUACAUCAAGUACGACACAAUGGAGACAAUCAACGAGUUCUUCAAACCUCACAUGGCAGAACCAGAGGUGUUUAACAUAUUGGCCAAGUCCCAGGAGUUUGAACAAAUCAAGGUCCGUGAGGAUGAGAUGGAUGAGCUGGACAACCUGAUGUUCGAUGCCUGUGAGAUGCCAGUGGCAGGGGGGAAAGAAAAUCCCAACGGGAAAGUCAACAUCUUGCUACAGACAUACGUCUCCAGGCACGGACUGGAGUCUUUUCUCAUCUCUGACAUGUCAUAUGUUGCUCAGAAUGCCUCCAGGAUCAUGCGAGCUCUGUUUGAGAUGGCGCUGAAGAAGGGUUGGCCAGUGAUGGCAGGUCGGCUGUUGGCACUCAGCAAGGUGGUGGACAAGAGGCUGUGGGCACACGAACACCCACUGCGACAGUUCCCCAUUCUCUCCCAGGAAAUCCUCAACAAGAUUGAAGCCAGGAACCUUUACAUAGACCGACUGAAAGACAUGGAUGCCAAGGAAAUAGGCCACAUAGUCCACCACGUCAGGAUGGGGGCCAUCAUCAAGAGAUGUGUCAACCAGAUUCCUGCACUCAUUCUGGACGCAAGCAUACAACCAAUCACCCGCACUGUUCUCAGAGUGAGGCUCACCAUCACUGCUGACUUCAGCUGGGAUGAUAAGGUUCAUGGCAGCUCAACGGAGCCAUUCUGGGUGUGGGUGGAGGACCCUGACAAUAACCACAUCUACCAUUCUGACUACUUCCUGCUCCACAAGAAACAUGUUGUGAAGGAUGAACCCCAGAGCUUGGUGUUCACCAUACCGAUCUUCGAGCCGCUGCCAACCCAGUACUACAUAAGGGCAGUGUCAGACCGGUGGCUCGGGUCAGAGGCUGUCUUUCCCAUCUCCUUCCAACACCUCAUCCUGCCGGAGAGACAUCCUCCUCACACAGAGCUGCUCGACCUGCAGCCCCUGCCAGUGACAGCCCUGAAGAACCCCCAGUAUGAAGCCCUGUAUCGCUUCACUCACUUCAACCCCAUCCAGACCCAGAUAUUCCACACAGUGUACCACAAUGACUGCAACGUGUUGCUUGGGGCACCCACUGGUUCCGGGAAGACAGUUGCUGCUGAGUUGGCAAUAUUCCGGAUAUUCAACCAGUACCCCAAACAUAAGGCAGUGUAUAUUGCUCCUCUGAAGGCUCUGGUCCGAGAGAGGAUGGAUGAUUGGAAGGUCAGGAUAGAGCAGAAGCUGGGCAAGAAAGUGGUGGAGUUGACCGGAGAUGUAACACCAGACAUGCGAGCUGUGGCCAAUGCUGACCUGAUAGUGACAACACCGGAGAAAUGGGAUGGAGUGAGUCGGUCGUGGCAGACUCGGAGCUACGUCAAGUCUGUAGCCCUGCUGGUCAUCGAUGAAAUCCACCUGCUUGGUGAUGAUCGAGGUCCUGUUCUGGAGGUCAUUGUCUCUCGGACAAACUUCAUCUCCAGCACCACCAUGACCAAGGUUCGAGUUGUUGGCCUCUCCACAGCUCUGGCCAAUGCACGAGACCUUGCAGACUGGUUGGCCAUUAAACAGAUGGGUCUGUUCAACUUCCGUCCAUCUGUCCGUCCUGUUCCACUUGAGGUUCACAUCAAUGGUUUCCCAGGACAACACUACUGUCCCUGCAUGGCGACCAUGAACAAACCCACAUUCCAGGCUGUGAAGACCCACUCCCCUGAGAAGCCAGUGUUGGUGUUUGUGUCGUCCCCGUCGCCAGACACGCCUCACUGCCCUUGA